AUGACUACAGAAGUGACUGAGCUUGUUGAGCAAAGUGAUUUUCCUAGAGGGAUUUUUGUUGAGGUUGAUGAGAGUAUUGACCCAUUAAUUAUGACAGCCCAACACAAUGGCCAAGAAUUUCUGCAAAAUUUUGAUGACAUUUGGGCAUCAUUAAUGGAUGACGGUGUCAAAAGAAUUGGCAUUUAUGGAAUGGGGAGAGUAGCCGAAAUAACUUUGGCACUGCAUGUCCAUGAUAAGCUCUUAAAGAAAUCCACAUUCUUGGGUCAUGUUUAUUGGAUCACUGUCUCUCAAGAGUUUAACAUUGACAAAUUGCAGAAUGACAUUGCUGGUGUCUUGAAAUUAGAUUUCUCAUGCAUUCAAGGAAAGAAGGAGAUUUGUACUUAUAUUGGAUGGUGUCUGGAGGCAAAUCGAUGUAGAGAAGAUUGCUAUUCCUUGAGGAAUGAAUGGAUGCAAAAACUUGGCAGAGUUGAACUUCAUCCAAAAGUAGAAAGGAUUUGCAAGAACAUAGUAAAAAGAUGUGGUGGUUUACCACUUGCAUUUGUCACAUUGGCUGGAAGCAUGAGGGGAGUGAUUGGCAUUUAUGAAUGGAGAGAUGCAUUGGAAGGACUGGAAGAAUCAUGUAUGGGACAAGCGAACAUGGAAGAUAAGGUUUUGUCAAUACUCUCUUAUAGUUAUGAUCAUCUGGGAGAUGAAAAGCUAAAAAAUUAUUUCUUGCGUUGCACGCUGUAUCCUAAAGGCUAUUGUAUUCCAAUAGUCAAAUUGAUUGAAAAUUUCAUUUCAAAAGAGCUGAUGGAGAGAAGAUCUAGCUUCAGAGUCGAGAUUGACCAAGGUCGUGCAAUAUCGAAUAAAUUAGAGAGACCCUGCUUACUGGAAAGGGGUUAA